GGUUUCUACUUCACAACUCACAAGUCAAAAUCACACUUCUCUCCCAGUAACUUUAAAGUCUUUAACUGCCGACUAACAAUUAACAAAGCGAUCUGAGAUGAGUUCAAUCAAAAAGCAGCAAAUGAAAAACUUAUUAUAGCGCCAUCACUGCUCCUUACUUCACAGUCUCUCACCUCUGUAACGUCUUUUUGAAAAAUAAAAAGAUUUUGGGAAGAUAAACAACCUUGUUAAAGUGAUUAAUUAUAUAGUUUCACUUUGUAUCAGACAAUUGAAGAAUGGUAGGACCACACAAUCGAGCCGGAUCCAGUGGACGGUUAAGAGAGAUUGACCUUGUUGGUAGUGAUCCAGAGAAUGGAAUUAAAGGAAAGAGAGACAAAGAAAAGGGUGAAUCGUGUUCUGAGAACAUUUCUGACUAUUUGCGUAAUGCUGUUGAUGAUCAUUGUCUUGGAACAGACAGAGUUAAUGGUGGGAGUGGCAAAAUGCACCAUAAUUUGUUUAGUUUAGUUAUUAAGAUAGUAAUGGCUACAGCAGCAUUCUUUGUGCUUCUUACAUCUCUUAAAAGGAUGGUCUCUAACUCGAGAAAACCUGUAAGUAGUAGUAGUUUUGCUGGUGGGUACUGGUGGCUAUCGCUCCAAGAACAGCUCAUUUCUGACUUUACAGAUAUUCAAGAGCUUUCUCUUGGUUCCUCAAGGCUCAGAGAAGUUGAAUUUUGCUCCCAGGAAUAUGAAAAUUAUGUUCCUUGCUUUAACAUUUCUGAAAAUCUUGGGGGGUCCAACUUGGACCGUCAGUGUGAGAGGAGUUCGAGGGUGAAUUGUGUGGUUCUUCCACCCAGGAAUUACAAGUUCCCACUUAGGUGGCCUGCUGGUAGGGAUGUGAUUUGGUCUGCUAAUGUGAAGAUUUCUGCUCAAGAGGUUUUGACUUCAGGAACCGUGACAAAGAGAUUGAUGAUGUUGGAAGAAGACCAGAUAUCAUUCCGCUCAGACUCUCUCAUGUUUGAUGGGGUCGAAGACUACUCACAUCAAAUUGCAGACAUGAUUGGUCUCAGAAGUGUGUCUGACUUCAAUAAGGCUGGAGUAAGAUCUGUUUUGGAUAUUGGAUGCGGCUAUGGUAGUUUUGGAGCCCAUCUCUUCUCACGGAAUUUGCUGACAUUGUGUAUUGCAAAUUAUGAACCAUCUGGUAGUCAAGUUCAAUUGACACUUGAAAGAGGUCUUCCUGCAAUGAUUGCUUCCUUCAGUUCAAAGCGGCUGCCUUUUUCAUCUCUUUCCUUCGACAUGUUGCAUUGUGCUAGAUGUGGUAUUGACUGGGAUCAAAAAGAUGGGAUUUUCCUUGUUGAAGCUGACAGACUACUGAAGCCAGGAGGGUAUUUUGUCUGGACUUCACCAGUUGCCAGUGUACAUGGAUCACCUGAAAACAAUGAAAACCAAAAGAUAUGGCAGUUUGUCCAGCAUUUUGCAGAAAGUCUAUGCUGGGAUAUGAUGUCGCAGCAGGAUGAUACAGUUAUCUGGAGAAAGACCACUCUCAGGAACUGUCAUGCUUCUCAGAAACAUAGCUCAAACCCUCCUCUUUGUAAAAAAGGCUAUGAUGUUGAAUCUCCUUACUAUCAACCUCUGCAUUUAUGCAUAGGUGGAACUCAUAGCGAACGAUGGAUUCCUAUUGAACAGCGUACUGCUUGGCCCUCUAGAGCAAAUCUUAAUUCUAGUGAACUUAAGCUAUACGGUGUCCCUGCUGAAUUUUUUUCUGCGGAUUCCUUGAAGUGGAAGUCAGCAGUUCAGGAAUAUUGGUCUCUGUUGUCACCCCAAAUAUUCUCUGAUCAUCCAAAGAGACCUGGUGAUGAGGAUCCUUCCCCACCUUUCAACAUGCUUAGGAAUGUAUUGGAUAUGAAUGCGCAGUUUGGUGGGUUCAAUCAUGCCUUGCUGGAAGCAGAGAAAAACCUGUGGGUUAUGAAUGUGGUUCCUACAACUGCACCUAACACACUCCCCUUAAUUCUUGACAGAGGCUUUAUAGGCACAUCACAAAAUUGGUGUGAAGCUUUUCCAUCAUAUCCAAGAACUUAUGAUAUGAUCCAUGCUGAUGGACUGCUGUCACUUGAGACUCUUCAGCAUCAGAAGUGCACAAUGCUCGAUCUCUUCUUAGACAUAGAUAGACUUCUUCGUCCCGAGGGUUGGAUUAUAUUCCGCGACACACCUUCAAUGAUUGAGUUAGCUAGAACACUUGCAACAAGAUUAAGAUGGGAUGUUCGGAUUGUUGAUGUUGAAGCAAACAUUGAUGAGAGAGUACUCAUAUGUCGUAAGCCCUUUCCAGGGGACAAAAAUUAAGCAUAUAAUGUUCAGAUUGUUGAUGUUGAAGCAAAUAUUGAUGAGAGGGUACUCAUAUGUCAUAAGCCCUUUCCACGAGACAAAGUUGAAGCAUAUGAUGUUGUUCUGGUUUUGCAGCCUGAUAAAAUCUUGAUUACGAUGCCAUGCUUGCCAAGGGCGAUAUGAAAAAGACCAAAGAGAAGAUGGUGGUCCUUCUGUUAGAUUCCUAACCACUGUAUAGAGAUUCUAAAGUUGCAUUCUUUUUGGGAAUUAGUCAAAUAGGAGAUGGAGAUCCUUUUCCCGAAGUUCUAGGGAAAUGGCUGAUUGAUUGAUAAUCGAUAAUUGAUUACAUUACAGCGUUGAAGCGAGGGGAGAAUUUAAACAUUUUCUUGACAUAUAGCCAAGAUAGAUACUGUUAAAUAAAAAUGCACUACAUACGUUGUAUAAUGUGUUAUUCCAAAGCAUUACAGAAAUAGAAUGAGCAUUCUUUAGUU